GGGCUCGAAGAUGGGCGUCAUACGCUAUAUGGGGGAGACAGACUUCGCUAAGGGCGAAUGGUGUGGGGUCGAGCUGGAUGAGCCUCUGGGGAAGAAUGAUGGUGCAGUAGCUGGUACAAGAUACUUUCAGUGUCUCCCUAAGUUUGGCUUGUUUGCUCCAGUCCACAAAGUGAUCCGCAUCGGCUUCCCCUCCACCAGCCCGGCGAAGGCUAAGAAGAGCAAGCGGGUGGCAAUGGGAGUUUCCUCUCUGGCCCACAGCCCCAGCAGUUCCUCCAUCAGUUCAGUCAGCUCGGUGGCCUCCUCUGUAGGUGGACGUCCGAGCCGUGCUGGACUGCUGACGGAGACAUCAUCGCGCUACGCACGGAAGAUCUCGGGCACCACCGCGCUGCAGGAAGCCCUGAAGGAGAAGCAGCAGCACAUCGAGCAGCUGUUGGCCGAGAGGGACUUGGAGCGGGCGGAGAUGGCCAAGGCCACGAGCCACAUCUGCGAGGUGGAGAAAGAGCUGAGCGCCCUCAAGGCUCAGCACAUGCAGUAUGUGACAGAGAACGAGAAUGGUCUCCAGCAAGUCAAAGCCAUGCUGGCCAGCACGCAGAAGGAUAAGCUGGAACUGGCCAAUCAGCUCGAAGAAGAAAAAAGGAAAGUGGAGGACCUGCAGUUCAGAGUAGAAGAGGAAUCCAUCACCAAAGGAGACCUGGAGACUCAGACGAAAUUGGAACAUGCCCAUAUUCGUCAGCUUGAGCAGAGCCUGCUCCUCGAAAAGUCGAGAGCAGAGACGCUCCACAAAGAAUUAGAGAAGCGGAGGCAAACUACAGUUGAAGAGAAGAGCCGCAUCAUGCAGUUGGAGGAGGAGCUCAGCCUCAGGAGAGCCGAGAUCACGAAUCUCCAGGUCCAGCUCAAAGGGGCUGAUGCAAGCUGGCAGAAAGUUGACCGUGUUGAUGCGGCCCAGGGGUCCGACGCCCAGCCAGAGACCCUCCUGCUGCGCGAGCAGCUGCUGUCAGCGGGCCGGGAGCACUACAAGGAGAGCAGCGAGCUCAGAGAGAAGUACGAGACUGCCUUAGCAGCAAGCCAGCAGGAGAUCGACUCAUUGAAGGCUGUCGUGGAGAAACAGAACGUGGAGAUCAAUGAGAUGAAACAGAAAGCUCAACAGGCUACCAAGGAAAACGUGGAAAUGAUGGACACCUGGAAGGCUAAAUUUGACACUUUAGUCAGUGACCACCAGCGAUCCUUGGAGGAACUAAAGGCAACACUGAGCAGUAGUCAUACUGCUACAGAAGGUCAAGAGCAGGACACCCAGGAGCUGAGAGCAACCCUGGAAAGCCUGAAGAUGGAGCACCAGCUAGAGGUGGAGAACCUCAAGGCCAAACAUAAAAUUGAAGCUGCCAUCCUGACAAAGGAACGAGAGGACCUCUGCGCUCGUCUGCAGGAGGCCAAAGACCAGCUGGCUCAAGGCAACCAGACAUGGAGGGCUGAAUUGGAAGCCAAAAGUGGAAAGCACGCGCUGGAGGCAGCUACGGAUAAGCUACAGAAAGCGGAGCAGAGGCUGGCAGAUAUGGAGACGCUUCAGAUGGAGCAGAACAAAAGAGCGGAGGAGCUGAGGGAGAGGCUGGAGCUGUCAGAGAAGCAGAUGACGGACUACCAGGCUCUGCAGAAAGCUCAGGAGGCGAGCCAAGAAGAGAUCCAGAAACUCGAGGAGAAGCUGAGGGUGACGGCCAACCAGCUCCAGGCCAUCCAGGCCGAGCGCUUCACAUCUAAUGAUGCUAAUGUGAUAGAAGAUAAUGAAAUUUCAGAUGAGAAGAUGAAGCUAAAACAGAACAUAGAAGAAACAAUGGAGAAGCUGCUGAAAAGGGAAAAAGAAGUCUCUACUCUCACUUCCCAGGUUGAAGCCCUCAAAUCACAAAUCGGAGCGCUGGAGGGCAAAGUUCGCAGCGGGGAGAAGAGAGCCGAAGCCCUGGCCAAGGAGAAGACGCGCAUGGAGGCAGAGCUAGAGUCCAUGACCAAGAAAUCCCAUGAUGCCUCUGGGCAGCUAGUGAGCAUCAGCCAGGAGCUGCUGAAGAAGGAGAGGAGUCUGAAUGAGCUGAGGGUGUUACUCCUGGAAUCACAUCGUCAUUCCCGGGAUAUGGACAAAGACCUGAGCCGAGAGGUCCACAAGGCUGAGUGGAAGGUCAAGGAGCAGAAACUUCAGGAUGACAUCAAGACGCUGCGAGAAAAACUUCUUUUACUGGGUCGGGAACGAUCCUCCCCUGACCACCGGCGGUACUCGAUGCUAGACCCCUCGGCUCUGGACUCGGAGGUGACCCGUCUGCGCCAACGGCUGCUCAGCACUGAGGAAGCCCUGAGGAACGCCUUAGAGCACAACCAACAAGUCGACCAGCUGGUCCAGGCCAUGCGGAAGAAUCCAGAAAAAAGCCCGGUCCACGGUGCUAAUUCGGCUAAUGGAAUUCACCACCAGGAGUCACACAGCGCUCAAGAUGAACAACACUGAUAUGAGCAGAAGCGAUGAGAGUGGGACGCUGACGUGACCCCGAGUGAACUGGGACGUGCUGAAGUACACCUGAAACGUCAAAGUUUGGUCCGACGUGUCUCCCGAUGCUGCGGUGGACGCCUGAAACAUUUCAGUUUACAGUUAAUACCAAAACAGCGAAUCUCUGUCUCAAGUGAAUAUAUGUGUUGUUACAGAAAGCACCUAUUAGCCAAUCAUGAAGACCACUUAAAAGUACUUUAAACAGGAAAAAAUAAGAAAAAAAGAGAUAUGGACGUGAAGAGAUUAUCAGCUCAACAACUGCUGAGAACUGGCAGUGUGGCAACUUUUGAUGCUUUACAUUAGUUAGAAAAUUUGAAGUUUUGUCAUUCGCUGAAGUCUGAUUGACUGCGCUGAAUUUUGACGAAGAAAGCAAAAAGACUGAUGGACGACGAGAAGAAAAACUGGGUCUCAGUCGCUUUGUUUUAUUUAUUACUUUUAUUUUGCUCCUUGGCUUUGUAAUAAUCCUGUCUGCUGUACGUGAGCUGAUGGCCUGAUUUUGUUUUUAUUUUAAAGGAAGUUUGACUCGUGUCUCAACCUGCUUGAUAUCUGAUGAGGAUUGGUAGCAAACAUUACCCUUAAUCCAGAAUUAUUUGAACUCAAUUUUAGUUACACUGCACCAGAUCAAAACAAGUCAUCUCAGAGCACUCGCCAUAGUAACUACAACAUUACACUAUAGUAAUAGCAUCUCUGCUACCAACUUUGUGAAAAUAACCAGUUUUUACAGUCACUUUUCAACUUUGUGUUUUUAAAAGGAACAUGAGCACUGAACAAAUACAAAAGCAACAGUUUGUUGCAAUAUAGGAGAAGAUGACAGAGAAGGUGGAAGAAUAGUACAAAGCAAUGCUGUCCUGUCUGCAGACCGAGUAUGUACUGAUCCAGCACAGUGCUGGAUGUUGACCUGAGCGUUUGAAAGCUUGGCCAUGUUUAAUGUGAGCAGUCACCAUGAUAACAGUAUAUACAUAAGGAAAAGUGUAAUAAGCCCAAUGUAAACAGAAUAUAAGGACAGUGAAGGACGUGCUUUACUGAACAGUGGGAUCAUUUCUAUUCUUCUACAGCCACCGCCUGGUCAACAUUUGUUUGCAGCAAACAGGAAAAACGCCCUUGAAGUUAUGAAGUUCUCAGGCAGCUCCUCAGAACCAUUUGGUCCCAAAGCGCCUUAAUGUACGUCUACUGGUAGAAGCACGAUGAGCACAAAGUUAGGUUCAGUGUGGUCGUUUAAAUGUUGACUGGAGCUCUUUUAACGGUCAUUUCUGAUCCAAGGAUAAAAUACAAAAUCAACCUCUUCCCGUCUUGGAAGACCCCGCCCUCCCUCGCCAACACACAUGAAGAGCGUCAUCUGUUACAGGACUGAUGGUGAUGAUGUUACUACCAAUCCUCCCUAUAAGGUGUUUGUUAAGCUUUUCAGCCAUUUACACAUCAGUGGACUCAUUGUGCAGACUGAACCUGGGAGACGUUGCAGGACAUUUGUAGUACAAAUACAGUGAACCAUUUCAGACUUUUUCAUUGUCUAAAACUGUCUGACCGCGCAUCAAUACAUCUCUUUCUCUGAUCGGUGGCUUUGUGUUAAUUUACUAUAUAUGGUACAAAAUACAGUGUGAGCCUAUUGUAAUGGCCCUGGAUUUCUUUACUGACCCUUUCUGAAGUCUUCUGAAGGGCUUUCCCAGGAGCUAAAACCCAAACAGCAGUGUGGGAAUGUGGGAAGUUACGUUCAUCCUUCCCUGGAUCGAAAUCAUCCGGAUUUCAUUUGCCUCUAACAUUUAUACUCUUAAGUCUUCCAAAUAUUGUUUUUAUCCAUUUGUCAAACUGAACUAAGGGGGGGAUCCUGUUUGUAGUUGGUCACAGGUUGCUAUUGCUUCACAGGAGACACUACACAGAGGUGGGGUGGGGGUGUGCAGAAAGGCUUGAGUAGUGUCCCCUGAGAACACAUGCAGGGCAGGUACUGGUCAGCUCAAAUAAAACCUGAAUUUUCCACUGGAUAUUGUACAUGGCCUUUACAGCUGGAGGGUUCAUACCCUUUGGAGUAUUGCUGCGAUGGUUUUGGAGAUUGAGUCAUUAAAUAUUAACAAUGCA